UCUAUUUAACUCCCUCACAAGUCUUCGUAUCUUUCAAAGCCAAGCUCCUAAGCUUUGAAAAAUAAGAACACAAAAUGAAAGUCCGUUCAUGGCUAGCCACCACCUGCUCCUCCACCACCACCACCACCACCACGGCCACCGCCACUCAAAACACCACCUUUUCAUCCGCUAAACACCUUUAUUCCGACACCAGUAGCGCCUCCGAUUCAAGUCCUGCCACCUCCUCCAUGAGCAGCCUCCAAAGCAACCUCUCUCUCCAAACUCUCCCUUCAGUCCCUUCCCUCCAAAAACUCACACCAGAAACCCUCAAUGUUUCAAUCUCUUAUCAUUCCACAACCUCUCUUAAGCUUAUUCCAAAUCUCCAAAUCACCUGCCUCGCUCUCCACGACAACCUCCUCUAUGCCGCCUCUACUCACAUCGUCAACGUCUACGAUCGCACCACAUGUCAUCAUCUUCACUCUUUCAGCGCUAACAAUUCAUCCUCAGGCUCCAUUAAGUCUAUCACCUUCUGUAACGGCAAAAUAUUCACAGCUCAUCAAGACUGUAAAAUCCGCGUUUGGAAACUCAUACAAAAUUAUCAACAUAAACUGUUAACGGUUCUUCCUACCGUUAAGGACCGCUUAUCCAAGUCUAUGCUGCCGAAGAACUACGUUAAUGUAAGGCGACACAAGAAGAUGUUGUGGAUUCAGCAUGCUGACGCUGUUACUAGUCUUGCCGUUAACAAUGGCUUCAUUUAUUCAGUUUCUUGGGAUAAAUGUUUAAAGAUAUGGAGGGCUUCUGAUUUACGGUGCUUAGAGAGUGUUAAAGCACAUGAGGAUGCUAUUAACGCCGUUGUUGUUUCCGUUAACGGAACUGUUUACACUGGCUCCGCGGAUUGCAAGAUUCGGGUUUGGGCUAAGCCGCUUGAUGGAAAGAAGCAUACAUUGGUAGCUACCCUAGAGAAGCAUAAAUCUGCUGUUAAUGCUUUGGCUUUAAACGACGACGGAUCGGUGUUGUUUUCAGGUGCAUGCGAUCGUUCUAUUUUGGUUUGGGAGAGAGAAGACAGUGCUAAUCAUAUGGUUGUGAGUGGCGCGUUGAGAGGUCAUGGGAAGGCCAUUUUGAGUUUGAUUAACGUCUCUGAUUUGUUGUUGAGUGGGUCAGCUGAUCGGACGGUGAGGAUUUGGCAAAGAGGACAUGAUGGGAAAUAUUGUUGUUUGGCUGUUCUGGAAGGGCAUAAUAAACCAGUUAAGUCUUUAGCGGCGGUUUGGGAAGAGAACGAUGGAAAUGGCAAUAAUCAUGAUAACAGAAACAGUGUAGUUUCAGUGUUCAGUGGAAGUUUAGAUGGAGAAAUUAAGGCCUGGCAAGUGUCCGUUUUUAGACCUAGUAGCCUUGUUUCUCCAUAUCAAAUAUUAAAGAUUUAAUUUCUUUUUGACAGAAGAAGAAUUUCAUUUCUUAGUUCUUGAGGGUUUCAUUGGAUUUUUGUAUAUAAUACAAUGAAUGUUUUGUUUGUUCUUUUAGGUUAUUAAUGGAACUUAGAAGUUUGAUUA